CAUCCCUUACUAAAACUGAACCAGCAGGAAAAUAAUAAACUUUGCCACUGAGUUAUAGUUCCUUUGAACAUUGAAUAAUGCUGAGCCAAGAGGAAUUGGGAAGCGUGCUGGGUAUGACUGCACAGGGCUGGCUUAUCUAAAAAUGUAGUAUUUGGCUUUGGAUAUGGAAAUGGUUCAAUGCCUUGCAGAGUUGGGCUAUGAAGGGGAAUAUUAAUAGUCAGAUUAACUUUAAAGAGUGGAUUCCAUAAAGUUGGAAAUACAGGUACAAUACAAAUGCAGUUGUGUUUAGCGACCACAAUUGGGACUGGCAAAGCAGUCACCAAGUGAAACUGACUGUGCUUAUGGUCUAACUUCAGCUUUCCUUUGUUUUACAGACCUGCAAAGGUUGUAAAUGUGAGGAUUGGUCAUAAAAUUACCUUUUUAUCACCAUUGUAACUGCAAACAGUCACUAAAUGAGGACUUCCUGUAGCAAAGAGGUCUCAGGCUGGUAGGAAGUCUGGAACACUUGCCUCACAACCCUACUGGACAGAAGAUGUUGGAAGGAUCCUGUUUUUUUUAUACUAUGUUUAUAUUUGUAUUUUAUUGGUGUGUUUUUUCCCUACCAUUCCUAGGCUGAGUAACAUGUUAAAGUGAUUGUUCCCCUAGGAUAGCAAUGGCAUAAUGCUGGUUUGGGAGUCAUCUGCCAGAAUCUAAUUUAGGCUGGAGUCAUAAACUUUUUGGUAGUGAGACCCAAUGAACCCAGUGAGGCUUCUGAAUAAAUAUGCAUCUCAUUAUGUGGUUCAUCCAGUAUCCUCUGUUUGUAAUAAUGAUCAGUCAGAUGUUUCUAAGAAUUUCUACAAACAAUAUAUGGAGACAUUAGCCUCCAGCCUUUGGCAUGCAAAGGCAUUGUGUGCCCCAAAAUGUGAAUUCUUUAUGUUAUCAAAAUUGUGCUGUCUGCCUUGAGUCAACUGGUAGGAAGAAGAUAGAGAACCAUAUACGAUAUCUAUAUCCUUAUAACAAGGAGAACAAUUUGUAUCCAUGUUUGUGCCUUUUUUGUAGUAAUUCUUCACUUUUGAAUCUAGCAAGUAUAUAUAUUGCAACCAACCUUAUAGUUGCAUCACUCUGGGUAUGAAUAGUUCUUUCAUUCAUUCAAACUGUUGAUGUCCCCAUAACUGUACAUAUGUUUAUAUUAUACAGGGAUAGGAAUAUAUUCCUGGAAAUCCAGUAUAAUCCUCUUUCUUGAGAAAAGCAAUGGCAGAAAAAGCAAUGGCAACAAAAUUAAAUGAUGCUGUGAGGUCGGAUGACAUUCAGCUUGCUUGGCAGCUGUUGGAAGAAGGAGCAGAUAUUAAUGCAAAGGUGGAAAGUGGCUGGACCCCUCUCCAUAGUGCUGUACAAAGAAACUCUGAAGAGCUUGUUAACUUUCUACUGAAAAAGGGGGCCAAUCCAUUGGUUAGGAAGGAUGAUGGUGCUACUCCUUUCAUUUUAGCAGGAAUAGCAGGCAAUGUGAAGCUUUUGGAACUUUUUCUUGAUAAAGGCUCAGGUAUUAACGAACAUGGCAUCAACGGCUUCACAGCAUUCAUGGAGGCUGCUGUUUAUGGGAGAGAGGAGGCCCUGAGAUUUUUACAUAAGAAGGGGGCAGAUGUAAAUCAGGGCCGUGUAAUUGAUGAGAAUAAACGGGCUAUGAAGAAAGGGGGUGCAACAGCCCUGAUGGAUGCUGCCAGACAUGGCCAUUUUGCCCUGGUCAAAAUCCUGGUUAAGGAAAUGGGUGCAGAUGUAAAUAUCUGCGAUAAUCAAGAUGCGAAUGCAUUAAUCCAUGCUCUCUCUGAGGACAAAAGCUGGAAUAAAGGUAAAGAAGACUCAGCCCUUUUCUUUUUAGAAUGCAAGAUUGAUACCAAGAAGAGGGAUGAAAAUGGGAAAACGGUGCUCAUACUGGCUGUUGAAAGAGAAAGCCAGAACCUUGUGAGGGCCCUUUUAGAAUUAGAUGAAGUUGAUCUUGAUGAUGCUGAUGAAAAUAACACAACAGCACUGCAGGUUGCACUGGAGAAGAAAAACAAUGAAAUAGCAAUGUUACUAUGUGAAAAGGGAGCAAGAGUGGAUGAUGAUCUCCUGGCUAUUGCCUGUAGAACCUACAAUAGCAGCAUGAUCAAACUCCUUCAGAAAUACAAAUCACCACUUAGUCCAAAGCAGCCAGAAACAUACAAGGAAUUCUCUAGCAUACGCUGGGGAUCAAAACUCCAGAAACUCAAAGGAAUGCAUCAUCCUAUGAUUGGCAAGCUCAAGAUCUUUCCGUAUCAAGAGUUAUGGAUCCAAGGAGGGGUCUACCUGGGAUUCUAUGCUGGAGAAGAGGUGGCUGUGAAGAUAUUCUGGAAGGAUGCAAAAGAAGCCAAGCGAGAGAAAGUAUGCCUUGAGAAAUGCCGAACCAGCAACCACCUGGUGAAGUUUUGUGGCUGGGAAGAGAAGAAGACCUGUCUCUAUCUGUGCCUCUCCUUGUGUGAGAAGAAUCUUCAGGAGUACUUCAAGGAAGAAAAGAGUAAAACUUUCAUGGAAGAGAAGAGUAAAACUAUCGAAAGCAAAGCUAUUCUUCAAAACAUAUUUCAGGCUGUAAAGGAACUUUAUGCAUUUGGAUUUUGCCAUGGGGAUCUGCAUCCAACCAACAUUUUGAUAGAUGUCACUGGCAGGAUUUUCCUAGCAGACUUUGAUAAGAGCAUUGAAAUAACUGAUGAUAUAAACAAUUCUAUAGUCUCAGAAGACCUACAGGGUCUCCAAAAACUUAUCCUGUAUGUUUUAAUGAGAGGCCAAUUGGAUUUUGAAAAGUUGCCUGCAGAAUGCCCAGAGAAUGUAAAAGGAAAUAAGGAAAUUGAAGACCUCCACGGAAGGCUGGCAGUCUCUGAACAAAGUACCCCAGCUGAUGACCUACUGGAAAUGCUGAUCUGUCAUCCAUACUUUUGGUCCAAGGGGACAAUGUACAGGGUGUUAAGAGAUGUUGGGAAUGAGAUACGUGCUGCUAAGGCUUGUGAUAAAACCAGUAAAAUUAUGGAAGCUUUGCAAUGUGUGGAUGAUCCUUUCAGGGACUGGGAAAAAAAGAUUGAUAAAAAAGUACUGGACUCUAUGAUUUUUCUGUCCACUGAGAAGAGCAACAAGAAGGGCAACAAGAAAGGCAACAGACAUUAUGGCCCUUGUGUGACAGAUUUAUUAAAGUUAAUUAGGAAUAUGGGUGAGCACUACAAUGAGAAGAGUGAUGAGGUGAGAGGCAUAGUUCUGGACCCUGCAGACUAUUUUCUGAAUCUCUUUCCAGAUUUAAUAAUUUUUAUCUAUCAGCGUUUGUAUGAUACGGAGUACAGAAUACAUCUUCCAAAUGCUAAGCAUCCUUCUUAUCCAUAACAAGGGCCAGUGAGCACUGAUUGCUUAAGGACAUAAUUGGAUGUCACCUACAUAUUUCCUAGCUAAAACCAAUGAAUAGUUUUAUCAGCAGUUAGCAUCUCAUCCUGGGAAAUGAGCUGCCGCCUCUUCUUUAGACCUUCACUUGCUCAUGGACAGCCUGGCCAAAGGAAAACUGCUAGUUAAUGUACCACCACAGGAACCAAACAAUGCAGUAGACCCAGCUGUCAAAUUUGCAGUCACAUCUAGUCUGGCUAUACUAUUAUUUGUCCAUGCACUGGACAAAGCAUGGUGGAGUUGCAUAUCUGCUUCCUCUCCAACCUAAUAUUUGGAUUUGUUAAUGAUGCUGCUGGUGCUCUAUAUACUUUCUGUGCAAAAGAAUAAAUUAACAUCUGAUUUCAGAAAUGACAGUCUUCAAAAAUGCAGGUCAGGUGGGGCAAAUUCUGUAAUUUCCCAAGACAUUCUGAUACUGAUUGUAAGGCAGCCAUCCUUGGAGAAAGGAACUGCAGAUCUCAAAUUAAACAGCCAUAUUGCAAUUCUGUCUCUUGUGGCUCAGAGACAAAGACUACUCACUGCACAAUUGCUUGGUUCAGUGUCAAUGUUUGGUUGUUGACUGUGUGUAUACGAGGUCACUUACUGUGAUUUAUAACCCAUGGUUUAUAUUGUGUUAUGUGAGCUCAGCUGUGGCUUAGUACAAGGGUGGGCAAACUUUUUGAAAUCCAGGUUACAUUUUUUUUUAAAGGUAAGGUUUAGCUUCUAUAAUGGGUAGGGCCCAAACCUUUUGGAGUGCUGAAGGGGAAAAUACUAGCCUUACCCUUUUUAGUGAGUGGAGACCACACUCUCUGCUUUCAGUCAAGUUUAUUGUAACUGCACAGGGGGAGAAUACAAGCUUCUGCCCACUUGGCAAGGGUGAGGAAGCAACUAAUAUAGUAAUGCCACAAAUUUGGUCAGAUAAUUAUAUUGCAUAGCCACAGCACCCCUUCCUUGACAACCCAGAGUCCCUUUUGCCUCUAAUAGUAGCAGAUGCAGCAUCAGCAAGUGUUCUCGCAACUGCUUCUUGAGGUUUCACUUCUGCUAUAUUGAGCUGCAUAAGCUAUUCCUAUAGCUGUGUUUCUCUGCAGCAGGUCACUGGUUUUUAGCAAGCUGAAACCAUUUUACUAGGCUAAGCUACCUCUCUGGUCAGGUUUUCUCCUGAAGUGCAGGUGGGCUUAAAGACUAUAAAGAGGCACCUGAAAAUUAGUAUUUUUGCCACUGAAGUUCAGAGCACAAUCUGCAGGUGCUCUGGGGGCUGCAAAAUAAAUGAAUAUGAGGCCUAUUGGCCAUGGGUUGCCUACCAUUGGAGCUCUGUGAUGAGUGAAUCCAGUUGCUCACUGUAAUGGUAUGUGAGAAUGACCUUGGGAGACAGGAGGGAGAGCUGUAGACUGGACAACUGGCAUGUAAAAGAGAUCUCAACCCAAAGAAGGAUGGAGGGCGUGGGAAACGUUUCAGAAGGGAUCCUCCCUAUUUUUCUGGAGAGUAAAAGGAAAGGAGGUGAGAAAUACUUUCAGUCUUGCAAGGUUCUGUUAAGGUAACCUUGCAAUAAAGAUAGAGCUAGUACUGCUGGUUGUGCUCUUGGCUGGACUACCCCCCAUGGCUAACAUUCACCAAUGCAAGAAGGUCCAUAUUAUACCCAACAGCUAUAUCACAGAUUCCCAAAUGUUCUUGGUUUACAGCACUUCAGUGUCUCAGAAAUGUUUUCACAGUGCCCCUAGGCUUGUAGUUCACACGGUGUCUGACAGUUGUCAAGUAUCACUGCAUUAUCCUGUGGUGCCCCUGUGAGUUCACUGCAGCACCCUGGGGUGUACAGUCUGGGAACUCUGGAGCUAUAUUGUAAAUGGCCAUAGUGAUAAUUACUACUCUCUGUACCUAGUGCAUUAAAUUUCACUUUGAUUUUAUUGCUUCAUAUAUGACGUGGGUGCACAUUUAUUCCUAAUUAGUGAUGUCACUCCAUAUAGUGGUGUGGUGGACUGAAAUCCAUGAAAGCCUAUGCCUUAAUAAACUUGUUGGUAUUUAAA